AUUAUUAAAAUCCAUAGAAUGCAUUCAUUACAUAAUAUCAACUUGUUUUCAUUUAUAAACUAAAUUGAAGUUAUUUUUCUUUUUCUAUUCUUUUUUUAAACUAUAAGUAUUCGUUGGACGUAAACAUGUUUCGAUUAUUCUUAAAUACCAUAUUGAGUAUACAGGUAUAAAGGUACAACAACACUAACUGUUACAACAGCUGAUCGGAUUUCGUGAACGAAACGGUCUGUUAAUUGAUUGAUUUUACUGACGCAAACCAAAGAACGGGUGGAAAUGAGAAAUUCAGAAAGCCGCAUCUUACAGUGGCUAUACAUUCUUGUAACCCUUUCUGUGGUGUAUGGAAGAUACACCAGUUGGAAAAGCUUCGCUAUUUACACAAACGGUGUGAUCUAUUCUGUAGAUCCAUACGAUGAUGAUUGGGACUUACACCCUGAGGAGGCAAUGGUUGUAAAUGAUCAUACUGGUUAUAUAGAAUAUAUUGGGAAUAAUGCUGCAGCAUUACAAUAUCGCACAGACACUAGCUAUGUACAUGAUUUAGGAGGGAAUACAGUGUUGCCUGGUUUCCAUGAUGUUCAUAUGCACCCUCUAGAAGCCAUGACAGAGCUUGGUGGGGGAUGCUCCGUUCCAUCAAACACGCCCCCAGAAAACAUAUUGUAUAACAUUUCUCAAUGUAAACCACGUGAUGAUGCCUCUUCAUGGGUUCUAGGUCAUGGUCAUUCGAUUGAAUAUAUUUUGGAACAUAUCGAUAAUGGCGGAAGGCCCCCGAAUGAAAUAAUUGACGAAGUCAUUGACACAAAUCCUGUUAUCAUAAUGGAAGAAACGUCACAUUCUGUAUGGGUUAAUUCCAAGGCCCUAGAAUUGGCAGGUAUUACUAAAGACACACCAAAUAAUCCUGGCGGUAUUAUAAUGAAAGAUACAAGUACUGGUGAACCAAAUGGAAUAUUGUUUGAAAACGCUGGGAAUGAAAUCAUGGACUUAGCAAUGAAAUCCUUUAAAAAUUUACACGAAAUGAACUAUGAUGCGUUACUUCUAGGUCUGGAGGAACUGCGCAGGAACGGAAUUACAUCUGUAUGUGACGCAAGGACUUAUUGGAAACGAAACCAUCACGACGCAUGGAAAAUGGCGUGUGACGACAAGGAAUUAACCGUUCGAGCUGUUCUUGGACUCUGGGCGUAUCCUCAUAUGAACGACGCAGAACAAAUCCAAAGGUUGAAAGAAUUAUAUACUAAUGGUUACAACAAAAAUGAAUGCUUUCUGAAAAUAAAUGAAAUAAAGGUGUAUUCGGAUGGUUUGCUAGAAAGUACAACAGGCGCAAUGUUGAAACCGUACGAUAAAAAUCUUCAUCUACCUGGUCUAGACGAAAACAUUGGUAUGAAUUAUUUUACACAGGAAAGAUUGGAAGUAUAUUUUGAACACUUACAAGCUUUUGGAUAUGAUAAAGGGUUUGACUUUCAUAUUCAUGCUAUAGGUGACCGUGGGGUAGAAGAGGUAUUAAAUGCAAUUGAAAAAACAAAGCAAAAAGAAACUCGCCACCGCAUGACUCAUUUAGAGAUCGUGAACCAACGUGAUAUUCCGAGAUUUCAGGAACUUGAUGUAAUUGCGGACUUCCAAGUUACCGGUACAUAUACUCUACCAAAUAAACUAUACAGGAUCGAAAACGUUGUCGGUGAAAAAAGAGCAAAGAAUUUCAUUCCAGUGAAAAGUGUGGAAGAUACAGGCGCUAUCGUUACUUUAAGCAGCGACUGGGAUGUUAGUAGUCUUAAUCCGUUGAUCGGUAUUCAGCAUGCAACACAGAGGGGUCCACAGUCAACUUCUGUUAAAUCAGCAAUAGAAAUGAGAACUGUUAAUGCAGCGUAUGCCAUGCGACAAGAACACGAAGUUGGCUUCCUGAGUCCUGGUAUGGCGGCCGAUUUUGUUGUAAUCGACAAGGACAUUCUUAACGUUCCAAUUAACCAAAUAAGUACAGCAAAAGUUUUGCUAACAGCGUUGCAAGGAGAAAUAAUCUAUCAAUUGGAUAAGAAAUAACCACCUAUAUUCAAGCAGAAAAGAAUGUACAUAUUUAUCAUUUGUAUGAUGCAUAUCUCCUUCUCGCAUUACUCACACAAAACUGACAUUUUCUUCCUAAAUGCAGGUCAAUCGUUUUCGUUUUAAAAUCUCAAAAAAUUGUAUAUAUGGAUCUCUAGUAAACUUGACAAAAUGAUAUGUUAAACAUGUUCUACAUCGCACGUUAAGAAGACUAUAUGCAGUUGCUGUGGUUGUUUGAGUUUACUUAACGAAUUUUGUCCGACCUACUUUUUUCUUAUUAACCUCGUCGCUCUGUAAUUUUUACAUGUUUGUUUCCAAUAGGAGUUAUAUAAUACAAUGAAUUUGAAUUUUUGUUUGCACAGUAUAUAACUUAUUUUAAUAAUUGUAUUGCUUUUAUUUUUUUUAUUUUUCAAUGUUAACCAAAUCCUGAAAAAUUGUUACCAUAAUACAUGUAUACAUAUAUGCAUGUUUAGUUAAUUCAGA